AUGGAGCCCACGAACGCUGGCUUGGACUUGGAAAAGGAGCUGACGUGCUCUAUCUGCACGGAGCUCCUAUACCAACCUUUGACUCUUCUUGAUUGCCUUCAUACCUUUUGCGGUGCCUGUCUGAAGGAAUGGUUCACUUUCCAGGCUGCGACGGCCGAGCGGGCCCCAAACCCGCCUGUUCCCGGUACCAACAUUUUUACAUGCCCGUCAUGUCGGGCUACUGUACGAACGACCCAACAUAAUGCGACCGUCGUCACUCUCUUGGAUAUGUUUAUAGCAGCAAGCCCAGGCAAGGAUCGUUCAGCAGCAGAGAAGGAAGAGAUGGCAAAGAAGUAUAAACCCGGCGACCAAGUCCUUCCAACGAUAAAUACACAUCGAACAGCGGAUGAGCGGCGCAUCGACGCUGAAGACAGAAGGUUGAUGGAGGAGGUUCGAGAACUGAGUUUACAGGAGGCGGGAGUAUCUUCGGGGCCACCAAGGACACGGCGGAGGCGUGAGAGUCGAUCCGCAGACAACAGAAGGACAAGCAGAGAUAGGGAAAGGGACCGAGGUAGAGAUAGAAGCGUCGAUAGCCGCCAUCAACCACGAGGAAGCCGUCGCCCACGAGUUGACGAGGGAGGUCGGCAUAGCUCUGAUCAACUCCAUGUCGAAGGCGAGCGACGACGUCGACGAAGCGAGUCGAGGCAGCGCCAGAUUGAGCACCAGUCAUCGAUUCGGUCACUAAUCAGCUCGGGAGAUAUGAGUGAGAGGGAUAUCGAACGAGAAAUAGAGUCCUUUGCCAGACAGAUCAAGGAAGAAGGUCUCCUCGACGGGCUUGAUUUGGACAACAUCGAUUUGAGUCGCGACGACGAGCUCAGCAGGAGGAUCACUGAAGCAUACAGGCGCCGUCAGAGGGAUCGAACACGCCAAGAAACGAGGAGGAACAAUGGAAAUAACUAUCCUCCAUUGACACGAUAUGCCGAGAAUACAGCAGCUGGGGAUCCUCGCAUGUUGGCCCCAGAAGGAGGUCGACCAAGAGAAAGAUCUCGACCACAUUCUCGGUCUGCUAGCGCUACAAGUGCUGCCAGUGCUGCGAGUCAGACAGAGGAACGGAGUCGUCCCCCAACCUCUACGACCUCAGCAAACUUAGAAGUCCAGGAGCCAGUCCGAAGGCCUAGGAGACGGACUGCUAGCGGAGGUCGAAGCUCUACCACUCCAGUAUUUCCGACCACUGCUGAGCCUAGGCCUGCUGCCCGGUCCUCUACGGACCUGGGAUCGAGGCCACAGGCUUCCGAUAUAACACAGUCCCGACCUAGCUUCAGCGAGGGACGCAGCACCAGCACGCCCAUCCACACCGUGCCGUUUCCCAACCCAACAGAAGCGGCUUCAUUCAGCAACAAUACCGGGAAUAUGUCGUUUGCUAUUCGUCAAGGAACCUCUCAAAGUGCAUCUGUCCUUCCUCUAUUCUCCCAUCAUGAUGCAACAGCCGGUCGGGCAAACAGACCUCGUCCGGUUGAUCUGGCCAUUGUUCAUCAGACUGUGACCAGCCCGAUUAGUAGUCCCACUGUCUCUGGACACCAGAGGACUAGGUCCCAGCUCUACCCGGAACCUUCAGUCACCUGCUCACGAUGCAACAAACAGCACAUUGAAUAUGAGCUCCAUUACAAUUGCUCCAUUUGCGCCAAUGGACAGUGGAAUGUAUGCCUCAACUGUUAUCGGGCUGGCAAAGGCUGUCAUCACUGGUUUGGGUUCGGCCAUGGUGCUUUUUCAAAAUGGGAAAAGAUGCGUCAGCAGAAAGGGGAUGCUUCACUACCACAGCCACAUACACUGACCGCUCUCCGUUACCGUCCUCCCCGCUCAUCUCCUGGCGGGGCAGACGGACGAAAAACACUAACAACGGACGAUCCUCGACAUCGUUUGGAAAGCGGUACUUUCUGUGCCAAAUGCUCUGCUUGGACGAACGAGUGCUAUUGGCGAAUGGUAGUCAUCGCAUUUACGGAUGGGAAGAGUGGGCGAUGGAGAUAUAUAGCCCAGGAUUUGGUAGGAGGUCAAGGACUAAAGCCAGAGGCGGCUGAAAAGUCAGAACACCGCGAGAAAGGACUUCAGAAAUGGGUUUGGCACGAAAAUGGUCAAGAUCUCGCCCGGCUUGUCACCAAAGACGUGUCAGAAACGGCGCCGAGUGAGAGCGGUUUCGCAAAGAGCUUACCACCUGAUGGCGGAGUCGGACUGAAGGCAACUGCGAGGUUUGGAUGGUACCCCAGACCGGGAGCUGACGACGAGCUUCUCUUCCCAAAAGGAGCGGAGAUCAAAGAGAUUGAGGAUGUGAACGGAGAAUGGUUUUUUGGAGCAUAUAUGGGUACUCGGGGCUUGUUCCCAGCGCCAUAUGUGCGGUUAGAACAGGAUGCCUAA